AUGGCUGAUGAUUUUGACUGCACCACUGAUGCGCUGUCGCGAGCGACGCGCGACUCCAACAGCAGCACGGUGAACACCAUCUCGGAGGCGGAGACGCAGUGCGUCCUGAACACGUGGUUCCAGCAGCAGUUCACGUACCACGAGCCGCAGCACAUCCUGCUCAUCGCCUGCUACGUGCCGCUCUUCCUGCUGGCCGCCAUCGCCAACACGCUCGUCAUUAUCGUCGUCGUCAAGUAUCACUACAUGCGCAGUGUGACCAACUACUUCCUGGUGAACCUGUCAGCCGCUGAUCUGUUGGUGACGCUGAUCUGCAUGCCCAUGGCUGUCAGCGGUUCCGUCAGCAAGUUAUGGCUGUAUGGCAGCGUCAUGUGCAAGCUCACGCACUAUAUACAAGGUGUGGCAGUGGGCGCCAGCGUAUUCACCAUCACAGCCAUGAGCAUUGACCGCUACCUGGCCAUUAGACACCCUAUGGCUUUCCGGAAGAUAUUCAACCGGCGGACCACGAUCGCAGUGAUCGUGGUGCUGUGGCUGGCGGCGCUGGCCAUCUUCUCACCAUUGCUGCGCGCCUACUCGCUGGCAGAGGUGGCAUCCGGCUACGCGUUCUGCUACGAGAGCUGGCACGACAGCGAGAGGCGUGGCGCCAGUCUCGCGUUCUUCGUGCUGGUCUACGCCGUGCCUGGCAGCAUCGUCGUCAUGGCGUACUCGCUCAUGGGGCGACGCCUCUGCGCCAUCAGCCCUCCCUUCUCCGAGGACAGCAUGGCGUCCACCAAACAGGGCCGGAGCGUGGUGCGCGAGCGUCGGCGCGUGGCGCGCAUCCUGCUGCUGCUGGCGGUGCUGUUCGCGCUGUGCUGGCUGCCGUACAACGCGCUCUCGCUGGCCACCGACAUGCUGGGCGGGCAGGCGGGCGCGCCCCUGCGCACCGCGCUGCGCUUCACGCUGCUGCUGGGCCACGCCAACUCGGCCGUCAACCCGGUGCUCUACUGCUUCCUCACGCGCACCUUCCGCUCUGCGGCGCGCGAGCUCAUCGUCUCGCGCAACUCCCUGCUCGCCUCCCGACACCACCAGAGGCACAAAGUAAGUUGCUACAACGCAAAGGCGGCCCUAUACGACUGGCAGCAAAAGGGGACACGCUACGAAGGAGAGCCCGGUAAUCUUCAAAAAGCCGUUGUGCUUGUAGUAGUAGCAGUAGUAGUAGUAGCAGGAGCGGCAAGGUAG